UCUGACAUCUUUGCUGCAGGUGAACGCUCGGCGAUGAUGAUCGGAAGCAGGUCGAAGCGUCUUUCUUUGUAUCAGGAGGAUGAGUGCUUGGCUAAGUGGAAGCAGCAGAAAAAAGUUGCUGACUGCAUUCACAAGCAAAUUUACUCGAGAUGGUUUCAGAUCAUUAUUCCCUUUCUUUCUAACUCCAUCUCUUUGUUCGACGAAGACCAUCAUCAAAUGAUCUAUUCUUUCUCUCUCUCUCUCUAACGCCUUGUUCAACUAAGACUAUCAUCAAAUAAUCGACACACACACUCUCUCUCUCGGAUAUGGUUGACUUUCUACGGUGGAGACCGGAGAGCACAAGGGGAAAAGUACUCGACAUCCGACAAGAUCUUCCCCUAUAAUUCCCUCGAAGCAUUUGCUCGUAAAUAUUUCUGCAUAAACGCCAUGAUCUCGUUAAGCAUUGUGUCGAGCGCGCUGUUAUUGCUGGAUCGAUGGCAGGUUUGACCUGCAGAAUAUUCUGUGGUUAGACAGGAUGAAUUUUGCCGAUGAAGAGGGGAGAGGGAUCGGAUGACAUUGUCAUGGGAGAACAGUUUGUCCCUGUGGUGGGCGAACUGUUGCCCUGCGCAUAAUAGUUACUUUAGCUUUACUCAUGAGAAGGCCACUCUGAUAGCUACAAUGGUUUUUGUUUCUACCUCGAAUGUGCAUGGCUUCAGGUGACUGUCCUGGCAUUGUGAAGCAACAGUCAUCAUCACUGUAGUUGUCGUACGUGCGAUGGUGGGAUUUCGGUCAUAAUUCCUCCUCGGUUCAGUGUCGGUAAAAUUCUCGCCCACCCCAACUCGGGUUGCUGCCGUUGGCUCAGAGAAACAUGUUGGUUCCAUAUACGGUGGACGCUUCAAUCGAGCAGUCAAAGAACGGAGGCGGCGUUUGUGUGAGACAGCUUCUCAUGCUCUUCCUCUCAACAGGAAGAAGCCGAAGGGAAGAGGAAAGAGCCUUUCUUCGAUGUAACAUUUGGGUGGACUCCGUCUUAUCUACCGCUGGGUACGAAGUGGGUCCAUCCCCGGGGAGUGCUCAUUUAUUAUGACGCCUCGGCUUCCCCUGUUUGUCGUCUCCUUCGUCUCUCUCUCUCUGUUCUACCGUCCUCGCGUGCUCGUUUCAAUCUCCUCCAUUCCUCCGCACCGGUUGGCGUUGCUUCGCCCCCUCGCCCCCGUCUUGGUCCAUCUCUUUCUGCCAUUUCGCUUGCUUGUGGGUCUGCUCCUUUGGAUCGCGAAAGGUCACUAAUUUCCGCGAGGACUAGCGGGAGUGGAGGUCGGGAAAACCGAAACAGGGUUCCCGAAAGAGGAAGGAGUCGACGUUCGAUGCUUGGAGCCCGUGUCACUCGGAAAGGAGAGAGCUUUCGUUGAUUUUGAUGCUAUUCCGGAUCUGCUUCCUUCUCUUGACCGACUGCUGAGCUCGGUUUCACUAUGGCCGGAAGCAACGAGGUUAAUGCCAAUGAGUCCAAGAUGGCGGUUCCCCUCAACACCUGGGUCCUCAUCUCCAACUUCAAGCUGGCCUACAACAUGCUGCGCCGCCCCGACGGCACCUUCGACCGCCACCUCGCCGAAUUCCUCGACCGCAAGGUCCCUGCCAAUGCCACCCCUGUCAAUGGCGUCAUCUCGUUCGAUGUCCUCAUCGGCCGCACCAGUAAGCUGCUUUCACGCAUCUACCGCCCUGCCCCCUCCACCUCAGCCGCCGUUCCUCUCCUCGCCGACCUCUAUCAGCCGCCCUCUGCUGACCCCUUUCCGGUCAUCAUCUUCUUCCACGGCGGAAGUUUUGCCCAUUCCUCAUCCAACAGCGCCAUCUACGACUCACUCUGCCGCCGGUUCGUCUCCCUAUGCGGCGCAGUCGUCGUGUCCGUCAAUUACCGACGGUCACCCGAGUACAAGUAUCCCUGCGCUUACGACGAUGGGUGGGCUGCCCUUAAGUGGGCUUCUGCGGAGCCGUGGCUUCAAAGCGGAAAGGAUGCCAAGUUUCGGGUGUUCCUCGCAGGGGACAGUUCUGGAGGAAACAUCGCACACCAUGUGGCCGUCAGGGCAGCGGAGUCAGGAAUCGAGGUCUCCGGCAACAUUCUCCUUAACCCCAUGUUUGGCGGAAACUGUAGGACGGAGUCAGAGAAGAGGUUGGACGGCAAAUACUUCGUCACCAUUAGGGACAGAGAUUGGUAUUGGAAAGCAUAUCUCCCCGAGGGGGCAGAUAGAGACCACCCGGCUUGCAAUCCCUUCGGCCCCAACGCAGCGAAGCUGGAUGGUCUUCCCUUCACAAAGAGCCUCAUUAUAGUGGCAGGAUUGGAUCUUGUUCAGGACUGGCAAUUGGCGUAUGCCGACGGGUUGAAGAAGGCCGGCCACUCUGUGAAGCUUGUGUACCGGGAACAGGCCACCAUCGGAUUCUACUUGUUGCCAAACACUGAUCAUUUUUACCAAGUGAUGGAUGAGAUCAAGAACUUUGUCAUGGCUAACGUGCAGUGAGUGCACAACUCUUGAUACCUUCCCGACUUGACUACGUACAUCGGAAGCUUGACUUAUACUGCUUGUGGCUUGUUUACUUCGUCUGCUCGGCACCGACGACAUGCAUUUGGAUAAUUGCCGCCGCUGCUACUGCUUGCAUACGGUCAGACUUAGUUUUGGUUCUGAUUCGUGGGAUGCACAUGAAAUUAGAUUAAGAUGGUUCCUUUGGCUUGGUUUGAAUUCUGUGUCUCAAGUUCAAAAGAUUGUUCUAACAAAUUCUCAAUAUUAUUCAGCAUGAUCCAUUUCGACACGGCGGCAUGGAGAUGCUUCUGAGUUCAUGGAAGAAACUUUGUUUCUUGGAUGGACUAAUGUGUCCAUACCAAAUCAUGUUGUAUAUUGAGGUUCCAAAAGUCAUCGUGUCCAUACCGAAUCAUGUUGUAUAUCGAGGUUCCAAAAGGCAAAGAACCUUGUCGAUCUUGCUGGGAUGGAUUGCCGGGACUGAACUGGCUAAUGCUGUAACAAUAUUGAUUAUAACAACAUGGUUGAACAUUCAA